AUGGUCUUGACAAGAUUUAACACCCAUGCCUUGAAGGACCUGUGUUCCGAAGAACAGCUAGACCUCCUUAACUCCAUCGACACUCUUCGUUCUCAAGGCAUCGAUCACUAUGUAUCACUGCCCCAGAUCAUUGUCUGUGGUGACCAGUCUUCCGGAAAGAGCUCAGUUCUAGAGGCUAUUUCAGGUGUUACUUUUCCCGUGAAGAGCAACUUAUGCACCCGAUUUCCGACCGAGCUCGUUCUUCGAAAGCACCCAAGAGUAGGGGUUCGUGUAUCUAUUGUCCCCCAUCAAACCCGCAGUGAGGUCGAGCAACGAGCCCUGGGUGAAUUUUGCGAACAGCUUGACAGCUUUGAAGUUCUGCCGAUGUUGAUAGAGAAGGCAAAGGGAGCCAUGGGAAUAAACACUCGCGGCAAAGCAUUCUCCAAUGACUUGUUGCGAGUCGAGGUGUCCGGACCGGAUCGGCCUCAUCUGACCAUUGUUGACCUCCCGGGGUUGAUCCACUCAGAAACCAAACAACAGUCGGCAACGGAUAUCCAGCUUGUUCAGGAGGUAGUUCAGUCCUACAUGCAGGAGCCACGCAGCAUUAUACUUGCUGUCGUAUCUGCGAAGAAUGACUUUGCGAAUCAAAUCGUCCUCAAAUUGGCUCGAAGCGCGGAUAAACUCGGAAACCGGACACUUGGCAUCAUCACAAAACCUGAUACACUGGCCGCUGGUUCGGAAAGCGAAGCAAUGUUUGUCUCACUGGCGAAGAAUUUAGAUGUGGAGUUUCGGCUUGGGUGGCAUGUGUUGAGGAACAUGGAUAUGGACCACGGGCAAUCGACCCGAGAGCAGCGCGAUGUUGAGGAAUUCAAAUUCUUCUCUCGGGGCAUUUGGAAAGACUUACCGAGAUCGAUUGUCGGCGUUACCACUUUGCGAGGCCGGCUGAGUACGGUGCUCCUUUCACAGAUUGCUACGGAGCUGCCAAGCCUCAUUGGAGAAAUUGAAGAUAAAGCCGGCCAAUGCAAAACACGCCUGCAACAGCUCGGCGAACCUCGAGUAAGCAUUAACGAACAGAAGUCCUAUCUGAUGAACAUAGCGCAGUGUGUUCAGGAACUGGUCAAAGCAGCUGUCGACGGCACGUACAACGACAAUUUCUUCGGUGACGCUCACUCGCCCGAUGGGUGUCAGAAGAGAAUCCGAGCCAUCAUGCAAAACUCAAACGAGAAGUUUGCCAAUGUUAUUGACGAAAGUGGGCAUCAACGUCGUAUAGUUGACGCUGAAAGGCAACAGCCUCCGGCUAAGCAUCAAGUUGACAUUACCCGUGAGAAAUAUAUCGAGCAUAUCCGCGAUCUCCUCAAGAGAACCAGGGGGCGCGAGCUUCCUGGGACUUUCAACCCCAUGAUCGUUCGUGAUCUGUUUUUAGAACAAUGUUCUCCGUGGGAGAAACUCACCUACCGCCAUACUGAUAGCCUUUGGGCCGCUGCUCGAGAGUUUCUGAUUCUUGUGGUCAAACAUACCUCGGACGAGGCCACCUCAGCGGCGCUGAUUAGGGAGAUCAUUGAUCCAGCCUGCAACUCUAUCAAAGAGGAGAUGAGCAUGAAGGUCAAGGAGCUUCUUCAACCUCACCGAAUUGGCCAUCCGAUCACCUACAAUCACCACUUCACUGAAAACUUACAGGAAAGUCGAACGGCACGGCAGAGAACUAAGAUAGCCGCAACUCUCCAGCAGUUUUUUGGCGUAAGCUCUAUAGAGCAGCCCAUCUAUGCAGAUAGAUCAUUUAACCUAUUGCACCUUCUCAAUCUGCUCACACAACAAUCAGAGCCUGACAUGGCCCAUCACGCAUCGAUCGAGGCACUAGAUUGCAUGCUUGCCUACUACAAGGUAGCAUUGAAGCGAUUCGUGGACGACAUUGCCAACGAAGUUGUAGAGGGCAAGCUUACGGCUUCUCUUUCACGCAUUUUGUCUCCAGUGACAGUGUUCGACAUGUCCACAGAUCUGGUCCGAAGAAUUGCUGGCGAGUCAGAAGAGAAUCAAAACACUCGUGCGCAACUUCGCAAGGAGCUUGAGAUCUUGCAGAAGGGUCUUGAGACCUGCAAGGAGUUUGUCAAAUUGAGAACAGACGGUAUGAUCCCUCAGCCUAACCAUUGA